UGGGUUUUAGUCUGUGAGCUCUGUCCUGGUGCCACGCUAGCACCCUGAUCGCUUGGCUUCCCCUCUGAGCUAGCUACUUCUGUGUGACUUGUGGCGGGCUGGUCAGGAGUGGCUGGCGUGGGCUGUGUGUUUGGUUCUGGUCUGGUCUGGGGUACCUGGCCAUGAGCUGCUUGACUGGUGAUCUGUUCAUGUCCUGCAGGUAAUGCGUCCCCUGUCAUGCCUUCCCAUCAACCCCACACCAGCUGUAUACCCUUACUUUCUGGUCUGCCAUUCUGUAAAUGGGACAGUGGUCCCUGGCAGGCCCAGGUCAUGCCCCUAAACUACUCCCUCACUGAUCCUUCUUUGAGAGGCUAAGUGGUAAAGAACCACGCUCUGGGACUUUCUGGCUACUACCCUCCUGUGGCUCCAGUUCCGUGUGGAAGUGUUUCCCAGCUGUCCCACAGUUCAGGGCCCCAUAGAUGAGGGUUCACAUGGGGGGAGGGGACAGACAAGAAGGGGUAAGCUGCUCAUAGGCAUCACCGAUCACACAGAGAUGGUCGCCUGUCUGAUCCUUGGCUUGUGACGUUAGGAGGUGGUUACAGGGACAGUGGAUGCCCCUAAGGAGAGACCUUUGCCCAUCCCCAUUCAGUGCAUCCUCCUGGCCCUGGGAUGCUGUCCACCCUACUCCUCUACUUUUCCAGCCUUUACACUGAUGCUUAGGGCCAAGCUGGGACCUCUCUGAUCUCCUUGGCUUUCCUUCCUUUUGCUGCCUUUUGAUCGGCGCUGCCCCUGGCUCUCUCUGGUGCCUAUGAGAGCCACUUGGUAUAUGUGCUGCAGGUGAAGACAGCUCUGCCGCUCUUCUUCAAGCCGCCAGGCAGCCCAGGGGCCAGUGGGUCCAUCUCCCUUGUCUGAAGCUAUUUCCUGUGGAGAGUUCUGGAGCUCCCUUCAGCUUCCACGUGGAUUCCAGGUGCCCCGCACCUUCCUGAAGGGCAUGGGAGCCCCGCGUGUUCCCAGAAGGACCGUGCUCUUUCAGCGGGAGAGGACAGGCCUGACCUACCGUGUGCCUGCGUUGCUCUGUGUGCCUCCCAGGCCUACCUUGCUGGCUUUCGCAGAACAGCGACUUAGCCCCGAUGACUCCCAUGCUCACCGCCUGGUGCUGCGGAGGGGCACACUGGCCAGGGGCUCAGUGCGGUGGGGCACCCUGACUGUGCUGGAGACUGCGGUUCUGGAGGAGCACAGGUCAAUGAACCCUUGCCCAGUACUGGACGAACACUCGGGUACCAUCUUCCUCUUCUUCAUUGCCGUGCUGGGCCACACGCCAGAGGCCGUGCAGAUUGCCACAGGCAAGAACGCUGCUCGGCUCUGCUGUGUGACCAGCUGUGAUGCAGGCCUGACCUGGGGUAGUGUGCGAGACCUUACUGAGGAGGCCAUUGGUGCAGCCUUGCAGGACUGGGCCACCUUUGCUGUGGGUCCAGGCCACGGAGUCCAGCUGCGCUCAGGUCGCCUGCUUGUUCCUGCUUACACCUAUCACGUGGACCGUCGGGAGUGUUUUGGCAGGAUCUGCUGGACCAGUCCCCACUCCCUGGCUUUCUACAGUGAUGACCACGGAAUCUCCUGGCGCUGUGGAGGCCUUGUGCCCAACCUGCGCUCUGGAGAGUGCCAAUUGGCUGCGGUGGAUGGAGACUUCCUCUACUGCAAUGCCCGGAGCCCUCUAGGCAACCGGGUACAGGCACUGAGUGCUGAUGAGGGCACCUCUUUCCUACCAGGGGAGCUGGUGCCUACACUGGCUGAAACUGCCCGUGGUUGCCAGGGUAGCAUUGUGGGCUUCCCAGCCCCACCCUCCAGCAGGCCUCAGGCGGACCGGUGGCCAGUGGGUCCUGGGAAUACCCCACAGUCCCCAUCCUUCUAUCCUGGAGUACAGGAGUCUUCAGGGGAAGAUGUUGGGGUUCCUGUUGAGGGUUGGGUUCCCAGAGGGCCAUUCGGCUCCCCACAGUCCUGGGGCCCAGUGAAACACGGCCUAGAACCUGGGUCAGGUAGAGAUAAGACAGCCUGGACCCCAGAACUCCCCAUGUCCUCUGCUUCCCCGCUUCAGAGUCCCACAUGGCUGCUGUAUUCCCACCCAUCAGGGCGCAGAGCUCGGCUCCACAUGGGAAUCUACCUGAGCCGGUCCCCUUUGGAUCCCCAUAGCUGGACAGAGCCCUGGGUGAUCUAUGAGGGCCCCAGUGGCUACUCUGACCUGGCGUUCCUUGGGCCUGUGCCUGGGGCAUCCCUGGCCUUUGCCUGUUUGUUUGAGAGUGGGACGAGGGCCUCCUACGAAGACAUCUCUUUUUGCUUGUUCUCAUUGGGUGAUGUCCUGGCGAAUGUGCCCACUGGCCUAGAGAGACGCAGUUUGAGGGACAAGCCUCAGGGACAUUGCUGGCCCUCUUGAGGGCCUGGCCCUCAGGCAGGUUCCUGGGGAGGAAGGGUAAAGUGUAUAGAGGAAGCCAGGGGCAGGUUAGCAUGACCCUGGAAUGGGCAGUCUUUUCCUUACUGCUGCUGGCGGCUGAGUCACUGCAGAGCCGGCUGCUGUCUGAGUGUGAGUGAGAAGUAAAACGACUGUGCUGUGUCUGUGUCUAGACCAGCGCUCUAGCUCACCACUCUGAUCACCAUACACAUUUUCUGCCUUCAUCCUGCUCAGUUCCCACAUCCCUGGGGUGGCUGGCAGGGGUGAAGGCAACCUUGCUCAGUACCCACAUCCCAGGGGCGGCUGGCAGGGGUGAAGGCAACCUUGCUUAGUU